AUGUGGCCCAGUAAAGAAGGCUUAGGUGUUCAACUAAGUUAUGGGGUCAACGGAAAUGGUAUUGUUGUGAGUAGUGAAAAUCCUAACUCUAGCACAUACAAGCGGCUCCCCCGUUUAGAAUUUCCUAGAAUAAGGAACCAAGGCAUAACACUCAACAAAGUAGGAAAGUCGAAUAUAGUCCUUGUUAAUGAUCAGACUUCUUCAUUUGACUUGAAUGCAAAAGUGUAUAAUAACUUACAAAAUGCCGUUGCUAAUCAGCCACAUCAACCCAAACGAAAAAUGUAUUCUGAUAGUAACGUAUACGUUCCCGAAGAAAUAUUGAAAUCUUACUUGAUAGAGUCAAACUCGUUAACUUCGACCAUUGCAUAUGAUCCCACGUUCGGUCAAAUGUUCACAAUAUUUGAUAUACGAUCGAGAAGCGGUUUAACUUCCAGUAAAGCGAUAGCCUAUGUGACAGGAGAAACAGGGACUAUUCUCAAUAUAUCUAUACUAAAAUACGAAGUAAAAGAGCUCCUAAAUAAUAAAAAGGAAAGCGUUGAUGUGAACGCAUUAAUACCGUUACUUACUGAUCCAUUUCAGGUAUCACUAUCCGAGCCCAUAAAGCAAAUUGAGCAUUGCAAGCUAAAAGAGGGUUUUGAUUAUAUUCCACCGUAUUUGAUAAUCCGGUCUGAUUCAAAGAUUUACAUUUUAAACUGUUUUAAAGGAAAGUCACAGCAUUAUAACUCGCAUAUCGAAUUGGAUAUUCUUGGUGAACUUCAAACACCUGAUAUAAUGGGAUUCAAUUUUGCGGACGUAGCGUUCAAUCCAUGGAUUAGUACUCAGUUCGGAGUAGUUGAUGUAAAGGGAAAUUUUGGUAUUUGGAAUAUCAACUCGAAAAAGGAAGCAUUAACAAAACUAAAAAGGCUUGAUUCAAAACCGAAAACAGGCGCAGAUGAAACAGAUUCAAACCCGAACGUUAACUCUACUAUCUAUGAUGUAGCUGAAUUAUCUAAUUGGAAAAGAAUUAUAUGGGCUUACGAUUAUAACCAUAUUUUCGUAAUUUCGAGAUCUUCUCUAACUCAGUUUGAACUCACGCCUGAAUUGAGUUCGCAGAAGUUAAUCACCUCAGACACUUGGUCAAGAAUACAAGAUAUUCAUAAGAAUCCUUCAAGUAUGAAGUACGCAUUCAUUUUGACUUCAAAGGAGCUAAUUUGGUUUGAAGUAUCUAAUCCAUUACGAAGAUUGAUGUCAUGGAAGCACUUUCUCGAUGAUAAAGAUCCAUCUUUAAGACUACAAAUAAGUGAAUACGAUGACUGUUCCAAGUUUAUAUGCAUCAUUUAUUCUCAAAUAAGGCCAAUAAUAUUAGUUUACAACUUUGGGAUUAAGGAUGGAUUGCCAUAUAGUUUGAAGGAUCCGUACUAUAUUCGUAAAUCAAGUGAUCAAAAGGAUAAUAAGACGGGACAGAUACGGCAAGUUUUUUUGACAGAGUUAAAUAAACAGUUUUAUUCAUCUGCUAAAGAUGAUAGUGAUCAUACCGCUACAGAUUCUUCAUUUCCACAGCAUAUGGUAUUGGCUUUGUUUGAAUUGAGUACAGAUUUAGGAUUAACCUUAAAUCUUUAUAAUGGAACGGCAAACCUAUAUCUAAAUAAAUCUCUGAUAAGAAGUGAUAAUCUAGAUAACAGUUCAAGCUGUGAAUCAUCAAGUAACUUCGAGCGUGAUUAUAAGAGCAGAGAUAAAUUGUCAUAUUUUAAAAAGUUCAGUAGAUCGGAGUUCAAGCUAAUAACGAAAAGUUUGGAAUGUGAUACCAAUGCUACCAAAGGUGACGAGGAAAUCAAACUUGUCCAAGAUUAUGCAUUUAAACUAGGUGAAGGUGCGAUGCAACUUAAUGAUGUAUGGAGCAAGUUAAAAGCUGGUGACGACAUUUCUUUUAGCAAUGAUCCUUAUUAUUUGUCAUUAACUGAUAUUUCAAGUAACCUUCCCCUUUCCAUUAGUGAUAUCACAGAAUUUGAUUCUAUGAUCGAACAAUUGAGUAGUUUCUAUGAAACUAAGAAUAUCAAUGUUUCAAAUAAGGUCGGUAAAUCAUUUUUGGGGCGAUUAGAGCUAUUCGCUGAGCACCUCAAAACUGAGGGUAGUCAAUACACUGUAAAUGAUAUUUCAAGUAUUCUAAAGAAAUCAUAUGGUAAUGAGACUCUACAAGGAUACAACCAUUCCAAUAUUUUAAAGAAAUUAUCUAUUUUGAUUGGUGCUAGUUUAGUAAAAGCUAAGACUAAUGGCUUGGGUAAGUACUACCAGGAAAAAUUAGACUUGAAUGUGAAAAAUGCUUCAGCUCAAGUCUUAUCUAUUUUUAAUGAUUGGGACAAUGAAAACUAUGGCGAAAAUCUUGAGGCUCCUACUAGAAUAGAUAACUUCGAUUCUCAAGUUACCAUACCCGAUAUAAUAACGUCAUCAAUGCCCUCUAUUAGAGUGGCCUCGCAGAGUAGGUCGACCCCAAAGAACCAUUCCAAAGUACCUAAUCAUGUAUCACAACUCCGUCAUAAAGCUUUAACACAAACAAAUCCAGCAUCUGGUGGAUAUAAAUCACCAUUAUCACAAUCUACUGAAAUUCAAUCCAUCCCGUCAUCAGAUGGACCAAGUCAGGAAUCUGCCCGAUAUUCUCAGGAAGGUAAAUCUUCACAGCUCAUACCAUCUUCUUCUAGAUUACCAUCGCAGCAUUCUCAAAAACGAUUCAUGUCAUCUCAAGCCAAUGGUAGUCAGCGUAAGGUAAAGAAGAAGAAAAGAAAGGGUGGUUUUGCAUAA